GUACAUUUAUUCACAGUCGAAGUGAUCAACAAAACUUGAAACCGAGUUAUAGAGAAUUCAGAAGAAAGAAGAAAGUAAAAAAGUUAUGGCAGAAGCUGUUGUUUCCUGUGUGAUUGAAAGACUUGGAGACUUGCUAAUCAAUGAAGCCAAAUUCUUGUUGGGAGUCAAAGGCCAAAUCGAGAAUGCACAGAGCAAGCUGCAAUGUAUGAACGCUUUCUUACAAGACGCAGAUGCUUUUGUAAGAAAUGGUGAUCAGAGAGUACGUCUUUUGGUUGUCAAAGUCAGAGAUACUUCUUAUGACUUGGAGGAUGUUAUUGAAACUUAUGUCUUCAAAGUGGCUCUGAAGAAGAACGAAGGUGUGGUGAGUAAACUGAAAAGAUAUGUUUGCAUCUCCAAGAAAGGAAUUGAUGUCCAUGGAGUUGGAUCAAAGAUAGAGGAGAUCUCAUCUAACAUUGAUACUUGGACUUCAGAAUUACAAAAGUAUGGAGUACAUGAGUCAAUGGUUAUGGCAGCUGGAACAUCUUCAAACCAAGUUCGUGAGCAAAGACGACAGGCUUAUUCUCAUGUUGUGGAGAAUGAUGUUGUUGGAUUUGAGAAAGACAUCAAAGAAUUGGUAGCCCAUUUGACUGGGAAAGAGAAUCCUCAAAAUCCUAGGGUGAUCUCUGUAUGUGGGAUGGGUGGCUUGGGGAAGACUACCCUAGCAAGAAAGGUUUAUCAUCAUCCUCAAGUCAGGAGUCACUUCGAUUGUUUUGCUUGGGCCUCGAUAUCUCAACAGUGUAAUAGACGCAACGUCUGGGAAGAAAUCUUAUUUGCUUUCACUUCUCCCACCAAGGAAAGAAGAGAAGAAAUCAAAAUUCUCAGUGAUGGUGAAUUAGCGGAAGAGCUCUACAACUUUCAGAAAGAGAAGAAAUGUUUGGUGCUCCUCGACGAUAUAUGGUCCACUGACACAUGGGAUCUUCUAAAAGAUGCAUUCCCUCGAGGUGACAUUGAUAGCAAGAUUUUACUCACUACUCGAAUGAUGAAUAUAGGUCCUUAUGCGGAUCAACAUUGCUACAUCCAUAAACCUACGUGUCUCGAUGAGAAUCAAAGCUGGGAGCUGUUUCAGAACAAAUCUUCAUAUUUUGGAAAGGAUCAAACAAACAUAAAAGAUGCGGAAAGAAUGGAAGCAAUAGGGCGAGAGAUGCUUAAAGAAUGCUCUGGUUUGCCAUUAGCUAUCAUUGUGCUCGGAGGGCUUCUUUCUACGAAACACUCAGUUGAUGAAUGGGAGGAGAUGAAAAGAAAUGUGGUGAGAUACAUAAGUAAAGGCAGAGAGCAUGGUGACUCGGAAUGCCAUGGUGUUUCAUGGGUGUUAGGUUUGAGUUACGAUGAGUUGCCAUUUUACUUGAAGCCUUGUUUUCUAUACUUGGCUCGUUAUCCUGAAGACGCCAUCAUACAAGUAAAAGAAUUAUGUCUUAUGCUCAUGGCAGAAGGUUUUAUAUCGCCAAAAAGACAUUCAGCGGAAACUAUCGAAGAUGUAGCAUAUGAUUACUUAAGUGAGUUGGUGGAGAGGAGCAUGGUUCAAGUAGAAAAUUGGGGUUUAAGAGGAAAAAUGAAAACAUUUCGCAUUCAUGAUCUUAUGCGAGACUUGUGUGUGUCUAAAGCUCAAGAUGAGAAUUUUCUACAUCUUGUUGAAUUGAGGAAUCAGUUGGAAGAGCCACCAAAACCUGUAUCUACCGUAGCAAGGAGAGUUUCCAUUUAUUUUCAUGGUUUUUCUCAUGAUAAUUUUUUUAGUUUUGUUGAUAGCAAAAAUGGCUCUGUUAGGUGCCUUACUGUAGAUGGGGGAGGUACCACACAACAAGUAUUGAGACGUGGGUUUAAUAGGAUUUUAAUGCUUAGAGUUUUAAAUCUAAGUUUCCUGAUCAAUAAUGAUUUGAAGUUGCCUGAAGAAAUUGGAAAGCUUAUUCACCUAAGGUUGUUGAGUAUUAGUACCGAGGUGGAAAAGAUCCCAUCUUCUAUUGGUAAUUUGAGAUACCUGCAGACUUUAAAGUUAAGACUGGAGAGCGAUGAAAGAGUACCAGAUGUAAUCUGGAAGUUAGAACAACUUAGACAUUUACACUUGUCCAUGGGGUUUGGUCAACCGGCGUUCAAGUUGAGGUUACCUAACAUUAGAAAUUUACAAACAUUGAAAGGUUUUUCAACUGAGUGCUUUCAUUGGAAUGAUUUUCUACAGUUGAGGAAUCUCAAGAAAUUAAGGAUUUCUCUGGGUGAAAAUUUGGAGAAUAUUUACCACAAUCCCCCAACCGUCACAUUUGAUUGUCUUCAGCAUUUACAAGUGUCUAAGGAUAUAAGGACUGCUAUAGAUAUUGUUCCUGUGAUAUUAAGUUACCCUCAAAUUUAUAAGCUUAAAGUAGAGGGGACAAUAGUAAAAUUACCAGAAUACAACCAAUUCUCCCCAAACCUUAUCAAGUUACAGUUGGAAAAUACUCUUCUUAAGGAUGAUCCAAUGCCAACCCUAGAAAAGCUAUCGAGUUUAAGAGUCCUUUUCUUACAUGCUAGCUAUGAGGGGAAUGAGAUGGUGUGCUCAAAAGGAGGUUUCCCUCAAUUGGAAUCUCUUUUCAUGGAAUUUCUAGGAAACUUAGAAGAGUGGAAGGUGGAGGAAGGGGCCUUGUCUAGUCUUCACUUUUUGAGGAUUGUUAGCUGCUGGAAAUUGAGGAGAGUUCCUGAUGGAUUAAGAUACAUUACUACGCUUAAGGAAAUGAAGAUUAAAGAUAUGCCUAGGGAAUUCAAAGAAAGGGUGGAGGAAGGAGGAGAGGAUUUUGACAGAGUAGAGCACGUGCCAUCUCGUGUAUUUCUCUACUGUGAUUAAGAAUGAUAUGAGCUGGAGCGAGAAGACGAUGAGCUGUUUGUUUGGAGUAGUUCCGGAGAGCAGGGGAAUGCCUGCUGCUCACUCCUUUAAUUUCAAUCCACUCCACUCCGCUUCACUGUGGCACAACUGCUAUGGCAUUGCCUCCUCUAUACACUGUCGAAAAUUGUUGACUCAUUAGGACUGUAAGAUUCCUGUAAAAAAAACUGGGUGGACUUGCUGGAUUUCUUCCUUGUUGGAGGUGAAAUAUAUUGGCAAUCUUUCAGCAGAGACAGUAACUACUUUAAAUUUUAGUUAUGUGUGUUCUAUGAGCCCUAUAUAUCAUAGUAUUUUGAACCAUAUGUAGCACACUUUUCUACUAUCUUGUUUAAGUAUAUACAUGAACUGUUGCUAUUCAUGAGAGAUGAACAACAUUACAUUGUUACUGCUCUUCUGUGUCUUAGAUUUACAUGUCUGCGGAAUGGUACGAGCCAGGUUGCUGUCUGGAGUGACCUCUUCAUGGAAGUGUGGCUAUUGUCGAAGCUCUUGUACGACGAUUGCACAAGUUUGGUGGACAACUUUCUCUAGGCACAAACAAGGACUUUCGAAUUCAUCAUAUAGUCUGAAAUGAUUGGGAAAAAGGAGUUGAUGCUGAUCAAAAUGUAGUUCUAAUAUCUGUACCAAGUGUACAUAGUCCUGGUCUUGUGCCACCACAGAAACAUGUAUUGCAUGCUUAUCUGCCAGGGACUGAACCUUAUGAACUAUGGAAAGGACUUGAUCAUCUAAUAUCUGAAAGAUCAGAGGUUAUGUUGAGAGCAGUGGAAGGUGCAAUUGGUCCCGGGUUCAUCAGGGACAAGUGUGAAGUGAAGUGAAUUUUGUUGGAUCCCCAUUGACACACGAACAAUUUCUUAGGAGUAACAGAGGAAGAUAUGGGCUAGCCAUAGAAGCUGAAACUGGCAGCUUUCCCUGACAUAGGAGUCCCUGCAGUGGCUGCCAGAGGAGCCACAACACUCGCAACUCCUUUUAUAUGCUUUCUUCAUUACCUAAUUACAAAGGCCAAUGGGACUGGCAAUUAUACAAAUCAAUAACAGUGAUAAAAAAACUUGAACCGUACAACUACAAGGCUUAUAACAGAAAUAACAGCCUAACUAGACACAGACAAAAUCAAUAGAGUGAGAAAAGAGAACUAUCUGAGACUAAACUGAAAGAAGUCUCAACAACAGAGCCCAUCUUGGUGCUCUAUGACCAAUAUGAAAUGUCAUCUCAUCUCCCUCUUUCAGGACCUUGAGAACCAUGCUACUCCAAAUGAUGUUCGAAAAUGGCACCUGUAAUUCCCAAUUGCAAGAACAGAACUAAGCUCUACAGUAAUCUUGCAUUUACAUCAAAGCUAACUAUUUUGGUUCUCUUCUCAUAAUAUUAAGAUUCAUCCUAUAAGCAAUUAUAUUCCAUUUGCUUAGAGUUUUGAAGUCUGGAACUGAUCAAACUUGCAACCUAUUUUUCCCCUUUUUGAUUGCAUAUUACUCAUUUGACUUCA